GGAAAGCUUGCUGGCUGUAGAGCUACGAGAAGAGCUCACCUCGGAUUCUUAAGAGAACAAACUCACUGCAGGACAUCUGCUGCUACCACUCACCACUGGAAUGAUUAUUACAGGAGUUUUUGUGUUUUUUUCUCUGUUGGUUUUCUCCCAUGGAGCAAACCCAUGCUGUUCAAAUCCAUGUCAGAACAGAGGUGUAUGCAUGACAUAUGGCGACAGAUAUGAAUGUGAUUGCACGCGGACGGGGUUCUAUGGCGAAAACUGUACCACCCCUGAAUUUUUUACGUGGAUAAAAGUAACCCUGAAACCUGCACCCAGCACUGUGCAUUAUAUCUUGACCCACUUCAAAGGCGUUUGGAACAUAAUUAACAACAUUUCUUUCUUGCGUGACGCCAUAAUGCGAUAUGUUUUGACGUCGAGGUCUCACUUGAUUGAUAGCCCCCCUACCUAUAACAGUCAUUAUGACUAUAAAAAUUGGGAAGCAUAUUCAAACCUUUCCUACUAUACCCGAUCCCUGCCUCCAGUAGGACAUGACUGUCCAACCCCAAUGGGAGUCAAAGGAAAAAAAGAGCUCCCCAACGCCAACCUGAUAGUGGAAAAAUUCCUCUUAAGAAGAAAGUUUAUUCCAGACCCCCAGGGCACCAACAUAAUGUUUGCUUUCUUUGCACAACACUUUACUCACCAGUUCUUUAAGACGGACACAAAAAGAGGAGCAGCUUUCACCAAGGCAUUAGGACAUGGGGUGGAUUUAAACCAUAUAUAUGGAGAAAGCUUGGAUAGACAACAUAAAUUGCGUUUAAAGAAAGAUGGCAAGCUAAAGUUUCAGAUUAUUGAUGGCGAAAUGUAUCCUCCAACUGUGAAAGACACGGAUGUGGAAAUGUUGUACCCACCUCAAGUACCAGACCAUCUUCGGUUUGCCGUGGGUCAAGAAGUUUUUGGUCUUGUCCCAGGGUUGAUGAUGUAUGCCACCAUUUGGUUGAGGGAGCACAACAGAGUUUGCGACAUCUUGGUGCAGGAGCAUCCGGAGUGGGAUGAUGAGAGAAUCUUCCAAACUGCAAGACUUAUUCUCAUCGGUGAGACCAUCAAGAUUGUUAUCGAAGAUUACGUGCAGCAUCUGAGUGGGUACAAUUUCAAGCUCAAAUUUGACCCCCAGCUGUUGUUCAAGCAGAGAUUCCAGUAUCAGAACAGAAUUGCUGCUGAGUUUAAUACUCUGUACCACUGGCACCCUCUCCUGCCUGACACCUUCCAAAUCAACGAAAAGGAGUACAACUAUCAACAGUUUCUGUAUAAUAACUCUGUGUUACUGCAGCAUGGGAUAUCGGAGAUGGUUGAAUCUUUUACCAAGCAAAAUGCUGGACGGGUUGCUGGAGGCAGAAAUGUUCCAGCUGCGGUGUUCAGAGUGGCGGUAGCUUCCAUUGAACAGAGCAGAGAGAUGAGAUACCAGUCCCUUAAUGAGUACAGAAAGCAUUUCAUGAUGAAACCCUUCAAAUCCUUUGAAGAAUUAACAGGGGAGAAAGAAAUGUCAGCAGAACUUGAAAAACUUUAUGGAGACAUUGAUGCCAUGGAACUUUAUCCUGGACUCUUGGUGGAACAACCUCGACCAGGAGCCAUUUUUGGAGAGACAAUGGUAGAACUUGGUGCCCCAUUCUCAUUGAAAGGUCUAAUGGGGAAUGCAAUUUGUUCUCCUGAGUACUGGAAGCCCAGUACUUUUGGUGGAAAUGUAGGUUUUGAAAUUGUGAAUACUGCUUCUUUACAAAAACUGAUUUGUAACAAUGUUAAAAACUGCCCUUACACAUCAUUUCAUGUUCUGAAAAAUGAUAAUUCUGAGAGGGCAACCAUUAAUGCAAGUUCAAACUCUGCACCACUGGAAGAAGUCAACCCAACGUUACUACUGAAAGAACGUUCAUCCGAACUUUAAGGAUUUUAAACACUGGAGAAAACUUCUCACCCUCCUUUUUUUGCUGGUUAUGAUAGUUUGGCAUUAGAUGAAAAAUGUCUGCCAUACUGCCAGCUGCUGCUGCUACAUCAUGUGUUAUUUUAUAGAGUAUUUUCUGAAACGUGUCUUAAAGUCUAAGUGCAGAACAGAGCAUGUGAGCACUAAUUUACAUACUUGUGAUUCAUAUAAUAACACAUGACACCACAUAAUUGAGAAGUUUAUAUUUUUAUUGUUAACUGGCAUUUUCUAGUCAUUCGAUGUAUUUUGG